UCGAGAAAAGGAAAGGCUUGGAGAGGAGGGGGUAGGAUAAAUGGUGCGUAUUUACACAGUGAAUCACGCGUUCCAUGCGAUUACGAGACGCGACUGCUAGUUUAGGCCAUCUAUGUUUACACGAACGUUUCUAAAUAUGUUCGUAAACAUCAAGUGCACCUUUAACUGGGAAAGCUAGGCAGGCUUAAUCAAUUCAGUUACCUAUAUCAUUCAAAGGUUUAUUCUACUCUGACAAAGAAAUUACAAUAUAUUUAAGAAACAAUUAAAAUAAAAAAAAAAAACGGAAACAAUAAGCUAGGAAAAUAUUUUUCUUGUGUAUUGAUGUGUGCAAUGUGAAGAACCUUCUGCCUGCUUACGAAAGGAAAGGAAAAAAAGAGAGAAGGAGAAAGGGAAAGAAAGAGAGAGGACAAUAACACGUUGGCCGAGAGCGCGGCUUUAUUGUAGCCGCUGCUCGCCAGUAUCGCAGACGUGGAGGUGUAAACACGGCAUUCGUGCCAUUGUCCUUUUGUUCUCGUAGCCGGUGAACGGGGGAAAGUAACCUACGCCAUGCCGAGCGCCGAGGAAACAACCUACUUGAUCGAGGUAGUGCCCAACACGACGCAGGACUUCCUCUCUCGCGACGUCGAUCUUCUUGUCUCUCAAAUCAAAGAGAACCUUCGACUAUCCAGUUUGAAAGCUAAAUCUAGCAUCAGUCAGAAAAACCGACCAUCACCAUAUCAAAUACCUUCGAGGUCUUGGGCAGAUCCCAGUAGCUGUGAGAUGUGCGGCAUGAAAAAUACCGGUGGCCACGAUCAUCGUCAUCACUUAGCUCAUCAUCAUCACCAUCACAAAAGGCCGACAACGAGAGACGACGACCCGUAUGAGCUUUUACAAGAAUUGCUCAGAGAAGGUGGUUUGAUAAAAGAGGCUGUGAAGAGACUUCAAGCGAAUCUCGUCGAUCUGGAUAAUUCCGAGGAGGAGGAAGAUGACGAACAAUCGUCGACGGUUUAUCGAAGAAAACCGUACUUCUACGAUUCGGAGGACGAACAGUUACCACCGGUGUACAAACCACUUGAGCUGUGAAAAUGAAUUAUAGUGCGGCCGGUAUACGAGACCGGUAUAUGGAGAUUUAAACAGAUUUUUGUGGUGUCUAGACUACACAAAAGUGAAAAAAAGUUCGGUGUCCUUUAUUAAAACAGUCAUUCUUGUUCCUUGGUGUAUCUUUCCACGGUUAUACAUUUGGUAUACCUCGUGUGUAUAUAUAUAUAUGUACUCUGUGUGUAUAUAUUGUGUAUGUGCAUACAUGAGAAAAAAAGGGUUAUCAGGCGAGAACAUAUUCGCCCGUUAAGCGAAAUAUGUGUGUGGCUCGUAUCGAAAGAAAGUACAACGAGGUAAACAUAAUUAGCCAAGAACUUACGGCCUUACAUGGCCGUGUUUGUAAAUAUGGUAUGUUGUUAUCCGAAGUAGUUUCACACGCACGAAUCGUGUAAAUUCGGCUAAGCUCGCCUGUAUCGACGACUCACGAGGCUUACGUGGAAGACAUGGCUGCCUCGAUUCGGGCCCUCGGAUUCGAUUUACAUGACAACAAGGUUCACCGAUCUUUUUUCAAAACUGCGAUUCUUGUCCCUCUUUGAAUAAAUGAAAAAAGAUAAAAGGAAGAGUUCCUGAGUGCUACUUUCGCGUCCAGGGUACUAGAAAGAUGAUGUUUUGGAAGUAGUGAUUGACAAUUGAAAUUUACCGAAAUCGUUUGCAACCUAUUUGUUAUCUUUUUUAUACAAAAACAUUUAUAAUUUUUUGUUUGCUUUGAUAGUUUAUUACCUUUUUUGUAAUUAUAGAAAGUAAUCUGGUAGUUAAUUUGAAUUAGGUAUUUAAAAAUGGAAAGAAGUAGCAACUUAAUGUGCGAUCUGAUGUGAAUCGGUUAGCAUAAUAAUUCAGCAUUCAAUAAUUUAAUGCUUAUUUAAGUUCAUGUGUUACCUCCGUUAUAUAUGUAUAUGUAUCUUAUGAUUAUGGAUUUUUUUAAUCGCGUGAAAUACGAGAAAGAGCACGCGUAUAGGAUAUAUUAGUUAAAGAAUUUUGCUCGAUUUGAUCGGGUUGUUAUGGUCCAGUUACUACUAGAGGAGUUAACUAUGUAAAUCAUCUGAGAAAUCAAUCAACGAAUUAUAGAAACGCCUUUUUACGCGCGGAAGCAUCGCAACUCGAAGGAUAGUGAUCUCAUUUAUUUUUUUCUUUUUUAUUUUUUUCUGCACAACGAACGAGAGGUAUUUGUUUAAGGUAGAAUCAACAAUCUAGCGUUCGUUACUUGAGUUAUAUAUAUUAUGUAUAUGUAUACUUUCAAAUUUAAGUUCUGUAAUUGUGCGCACACGAAUUAUCGCCAUUUUGUUCGUUUGAAAGUAUUUAGCCGACUUGGUUGAAGAGAGAUAGUAAACCGACUUUGUUGCAAAAGUAUAUACGCGAGUACGUGGGUUUCUUACACGCUUGAUACAUGGUAGGUUUACAUUCGCUCUGCAUAUAUUAAGUACAUAUAUAGUUAUUUAUCACUAUCGAUCGUUAGCGACGUAACAAACGCUGUACGCGCGUGUAAAUUUGUUGUAUGCAUAUUGGAUGCACAUGCGUAUUCGGUUUAACGGUAGAGCAUAAUUCAGUUUACGAUUUCGGAAUUGAUAUGAAGAAAAAUCCGGUAAAAGGUGGAUUUUGUAAUAUAUCGCCCUAUAAGAGCCGGACAAAAUGAAAGCACGGUAUCGCAUAUCGUGUCAUGUCUACAUAUUGUACAAAUGUUAACUAGUUCACAACUACAAAUAUUACGUUAGACACAGUUCCGAUGAACGCACGUGAUCAUAUGUAUGAGCGAAUGAAUGGGGAAUUAGCGCGUUUCUUCCUGAUGUGUAUUUUGUGCGUGUAUGUGCAACGAUUUGAGUUCGCAUAGGUAUGAGUGUGUAGAUAAUGAGAGAUUUGUCUUUAAAUUCACCGUUAAAGUGUAAAUCAAGGAAGUUAUAUACCUCGUUGUGAUCGCCGGAUUUGUCAUCCGGCGAACCUUAAUUAUAAAUAAACAAGUAAAAGAUUUCA